UUUAAUUUGUGGCGGCGUCUUAUCGCAAGUGUUUCUUUCGUUGUUGCUCGCAGCACUCAGACGUUUUUAAAGAUGAGCAGAGAAUCGGAUGCAAACAAAGCGUUUAUGGAGCAGCUGCGGAUGCAGGAACUCUAUGGAAAGAAAAAUGAAGAUGGUUCUGACCCGUUAACGUACACUGAUCCUGAGGAUGGGACUGUGUAUGACUGGGACUAUGAAAAGAAAGCCUGGUUCCCUAAAAUCACAGAAGACUUCAUCGCAGCCUACCAGGCCAACUAUGGUUUCACCAAAGAAGGAGAUCCAGAUGCAAACAGUGCAGCACUGAGCAGCUCUGGCCCACCAGUUCCUGAGCCAAAAAGCAAGCCACCAGGAAAGGAGAAGUUGUUAGAUUCCACCAAAAAUCCUAUCCCGGAGCAGCAGACACCCACGAAAGAAACCAAACCGAAAGGGGAAAAAAGGAAACCAGAGCCAGGAUGGUUUGAUAUUGAUAAUGACAAGAACACAAACGUCUAUGUGUCAGGUCUGCCUCUUGAUAUAACCUCUGAUGAGUUUGUUGAGUUGAUGUCUAAAUGUGGCAUUGUGAUGCGGGACCCCAUCACUGAGGAGUACAAAGUGAAACUCUACAAGGACAGGGAAGGAAAUCUGAAGGGAGACGGCCUCUGCUGCUAUCUGAAGAAGGAAUCAGUGGCACUGGCUUUGCGUCUGAUUGAUGAGUCAGAGGUCCGAGGCUAUAAACUCCAUGUGGAAGCAGCACGAUUUGAGCUAAAAGGCCAGUACGAUGCCAGCAAGAAGAGGAAGAAAAAUAAAGAUUACAGGAAGAAGCUCCAGCAGCAGCAGAAACAGUUGGACUGGAGGCCUGAGAAGAAAGGAGAAGUGCGGAAGAGGCAUGAAAAAGUGGUCAUCAUCAGGAACAUGUUCCAUCCCAGUGACUUUGAGGAAGACCCUUUGGUUCUGAAUGAGUAUCGAGAGGAUCUACGGUCGGAGUGUGAGAAGUUUGGAGAAGUGAAGAAGGUCAUCCUUUUUGAUAGACAUCCGGACGGCGUUGCAUCUGUGGCAUUUAAGGAGCCAGAGGAAGCCGAUGCGUGCAUCCUGUCAUUUAACGGCCGGUGGUUUGGGGGAAGGCAGCUGUCGGCACUGCUAUGGGAUGGAGUGACCGACUAUCAGGUUGAAGAGACGGCACGUGAGAGGGAGGAGCGGCUAAAGGGUUGGUCUUCAUUCUUAGAGACAGGCGAUCAAACGCAGCAGAAAAACAACACCAACCCGAGCAAACCAGCAGAGAGCGGCGCGGCCACAGAGAGCGGCGCGGCCACAGAGAGCGGCGCGGCCACAGAGAGCCGCCCGGCCACAGAGAGCGGCGCGGCCACAGAGAGCCGUCCGGCCACAGAGGCCAGCGAGCCCUCCAGCACCACACAGCCCGAGCAGCGACCACAAAGAGAAGCCCCGUCUCCAGGGCAGCAGGAGCAGGAGGUGGGCUCCACCGACAGCAGCAUGGCAGGAAGCGAUGAUGAUGAUGAUGAUAAUGAUGAUGAUGAUGAUAAGAAAGCCUAG